AUUUCAAAACAUCACCGUAUGCGCUAUAAGACGCUUUCGGCCCUUGCAACGAUGCAGAGCAUAAGGAGAGGUCCAAUUCAAACGAUAUCGGCACUCCAUUUGCCACUGUUCAAAUCCCACCUGUUACCACUAGUGUGCCUCAGUCAUUAGUAGGGUGUUUGCAGCUCUCUCAAUAGAUUUCGCCAGUAGUCGAUACCUGAACGGUAUGUUGUACCGGACAGCUGCGGAGCGUUCACAGUCCUCUCAACAGAUGUCGCUAGUAGUUUGACGCCUGGAAUGGUAUGCUGUACCGGAUAGCAGCUGAGUGUUCACAGUCCUCUCAACAGAUGUCGCUAGUAGUUUGACGCCUGAACGAUAUGAGCCCUGGUCGGAAUCGGCUGACAGAACUUUGUCAGCCGAGAAUAAGCCCCGCCCACACCACGCUGCUGACGGGCUUGUUCAUAAUCGGCUGACAGGAAACGUCAGCCCAGAUGGCGCUGAGACGCUAAGAUGGCGCUCGACAGAUAGGGUUGAGAGUUGAGACUUGAGGAGAGGUAGCAUUUUCGCGCUUUUUUCAACGACUAUCUUCCGUUAGUCGUUACAUUAUAUUUCUGAGGUUUAUUUGCCGAGGCUAUAGAAAAAAUUACAGGAUUGAUAAUUGAGGCGGUGCUGGCAUUUCGAUUUGUAGGUACUGUUUUCAGGCUUACUCGCACAUUACGCCAUGAAAAAGAAAUAAUUGCUAUCUUUCGCGAAAAAUAUUUAAUACAAAAUACGUCAAAAACAUCGUAUAUAAAAACUAACCACCUGCACUAUAAAGCUGCGCUUUGACUUACAUGCGCCACUUUCGAGCCACUUUGAAUUUCGGCUGACGUGCUGCUGCCUUCUCCCAGCAGCCGAAAAGCCGGCUGUCAGCAGAGGUAUGACGUCACAGCGCGGGAAGGCGUGAUACGUCAUCAAUAUCUCAACCAAUCAGGGGCUUGGAUCUCAGCUGACAACAGCACAGCAGCCGAUUCCGACCAGGCCUAUGCUGUACCGGAUGGCAGCGUAGCGUUCGCAGUCCUCUCAAUAGAUGUCGCUAGUAGUUUGACGCCUGGAAUGGUAUGCUGUACCGGAUAGCAGCUGAGCGUUCGCAGUUCUCUCAACAGAUGUCGCUGGUAGUUUGACGCCUGAGAUGUAUGCUGUAACGGAUAGCAGCCGAGCUUUUGUAAUCUUCUACACAGAUGUCGCUAGUAGUUUGACGCCUGAGAGGUAUGCUGUACCGGAUAGCAGCCCAGUGAUGCGUUCGGCAGAGAUGAAAAAGCCGGCCCAAUAUAAACUAGAGCCAAUCACAUAGGAAGCCCUUUGUAUGUUUCUUUUACCCUGUCCCUGUCCGACUCUCACUCCUUCCCUCCCUCUCCCCACGUUUCUCCUUUUCUCUCCCUCUGGCGGCGAGUUCGAGCGUCCGGUGAUGUCGCUAAGGACGGGUCUGUCGGCCGCCUGGCGCCCGCUGGCCUGUGACGUCACUGCAAAGACGCUGCAGACGGUCCGCGUGCUUAAACAGCUGGAAAACAAGUUCAUAGCAGCCUGCUCCGGGGACGUCGUCCUGCUGUUUGAUCAGCACGCCGUCAGCGAGAGGAUCAACCUGGAGAACAUUCUCGAAGACGCCGGCGCCACGGGCGGCUCGGAACGGCUGCGGUCCACCGACCUCAGUCCGCCGCUGCCGCUGCGGUUGCCGCGCCGGCAGGCCAGGCUGCUCGCCGCACACCCGGCGGCGGUACAGAGAUUGGGCUUUGUGCUGGAGCAGCUUACCGAACUUAACGACUCUGAGGUGGCGGGACCGUCGCGCCACGAGGCGGCGCUGCUGUCGCUCCGGGCCGCGCCCGCCUGUCUGUGUGAGCGGGCCGAGCGGGAGUGGACGGCGCAGCGGGCCGCCGCCGUGCUGGCCCAGCUGGCCGACCAGCUGACCGAGAGUCGCGGCGCGGCCGCCGCACUGCCCGCGGCGCUGGCCGACGUCUACCACUCGCUGGCCUGCCACUCGGCGGUACGGUUCGGGGACCCGCUGCCCCUGUCUGUCUGUGAGCGUCUGGUGACCCAGCUGAGUGGGUGUCGCCGGCCGCUGGUGUGUGCCCACGGCCGGCCGUCCGUGGUGCCUCUGGUCGUCUGCUCCCGACUGCCGGCCGGCCCUCAGGAGCCAAGACCUCGCCUGGAGCGGCUGAGGAGGCUGCUCAAAAAUCAGUGCAAAACGGCAAAUUGAGCGGUCCAAAACGGCAGUGUGCGCGGUCCAUGGUGGCACCGAGCUGCCCUUGGAAGCGGUGCGGAUCAGCGGCUUAGCAGCUGAGUGGUAAGUGCCUCACUCCGCCCAGAAGUGAAGCCUGCCUGAGUUGUGCACCGUGGUACCUGAGGGGACAAUGUCCCGUUGCAGCGAUGUCCCUGGUUGUGCCGUGUUUAUUCGCUAUAAUAGAGACGCUGUUCCCUUUGUUUCUGUGUGGCCGGGAUCAAGUCAGGUCAAUUGGCUCGCCUUUGUGUCAAGUACGUUGGUACGUUGGUACGUACGUGCCGAUACGUACGUUGGUACGUUGGUACGUACGUGCCGAUACUUUGUUACGUUGGUACAUGCCGAUACUUUGUUACGUUGGUACGUGCCGAUACGUUGUUACGUUGGUACGUAUCAAGUUGUUUCGCUAUCUGGUCCAUGAAACCUAGUCAGUAUUACGUUAUUUAACUGCGUUUGUUACUGUUCUGUCAUGUGUUAUGGUUGAUAUCAUAUGGUAACUCACCUACCAAAAGAUAUGCGAUAAUCAUGUUAUUGCCUCCACCUAUUGCAGAGAAUACAUUGACAUUGUAUCAAAA